CUUUGUCCAUCCAUUUGGACUCCCAAUCUUUACUUCAUAAUAUUCAUAUUGAUUCCAUUUGGGCUUUUCUCUUUCUCUCUCUCCCUCGAUUUCUUCUAUAUAUAGUGGGAUUAACUCAUCGUCUCACCCACGCACGCCUCCCUCUAUCUGUGCUUCUCUUUCUCCUUCCCGAGAGAAGCCAGAAAAUGGCCAAAUCGGAGGGUGCGAUCGAGUUGCAGGGGAAGGGCAGCUCCUUCGUCGACGAAGUCGUCGCCGGAGGGGACAAGAACGUCGACGACGAUGGCAAACCCAAGAGAACCGGAACGUUAUGGACGGCCAGCGCUCAUAUCAUUACUGCUGUGAUCGGUUCUGGGGUCCUGUCGCUCGCAUGGGCCAUUGCGCAGCUGGGAUGGAUCGCCGGACCGGCGGUGCUCAUGGCCUUCUCCUUCAUCACCUUCUAUACCUCCACCCUUCUUGCAGACUGCUACCGGUCGCCAGUCACCGGGAGGAGAAACCACACUUACAUGGACGCCGUGAGAUCCAACUUGGGAGGAAUGAAAAUCAGAUUCUGUGGCAUCAAUCAAUAUACCAAUUUAUUUGGGACCGCCGUCGGCUACACCAUCACCUCGGCCAUUAGCAUGGCGGCCAUACAGAGGUCUGAUUGCUUCCACAAAAGAGGGCACAACACGCCAUGCCAUUUUUACAACAACCCCUACAUGCUGAUCUUCGGGGGCGCGCAGGUCAUCCUGUCGCAGAUCCCCAAUUUUCACAAGCUGUGGUGGCUCUCCUAUGUCGCUGCAGCCAUGUCAUUCACCUAUUCCGGCAUAGGCGUCAGCCUCGCCCUCGCCCAGGUUGUAGGAGGCGGCCUUGGAAGGACAAGCUUGACGGGGGUGGCGGUGGGCGUGGACGUUACAGGGACCGAGAAGAUAUGGAGGGCCUUCCAAGCGCUCGGCGACAUUGCCUUUGCCUACUCUUACUCCAUGAUUCUGAUCGAGAUUCAAGAUACGCUUAAAUCGGCUCCUCCAGAAAACAAGGUUAUGAAGAAAGCUAGCUUUGUGGGAGUAUCAGUUACAACCUUGUUCUACAUGGCAUGUGGCUGUCUUGGAUAUGCAGCCUUUGGAAACGAUGCACCAGGCAACUUCCUCACUGGAUUUGGCUUCUAUGAACCUUUUUGGUUGAUUGACUUCGCUAAUUUAUGCAUCGUCAUCCAUCUCCUCGGUGCUUGGCAGGUAUACACCCAACCUGUAUAUGCCUUCAUUGAGGACUGGGCUGCGAGCAAGUGGCAAACAAGUGACUUUAUCAACAAAGAGCACGUCAUUAUCCUCCCAUACUAUGGGGCUUACAGCAUUAACAUGUUCCGGCUACUGUGGAGGACAGCAUAUGUGGUGUUGACAACGGCCAUAGCCAUGGCGGUGCCUUUCUUCAAUGAUAUCAUGGGACUGCUGGGAGCUCUCGCUUUCUGGCCACUCACCGUCUACUUCCCGAUCGAAAUGUUCAUAGCACGUAACAAGGUCAAGCCUUUCACUUUCCGGUGGACAUGGCUUCAAGUGCUGAGCAUGGGCUGCCUUCUCAUAUCUGUAGCUGCUGCAGUUGGUUCUGUACAGGGAAUUGUUGUGGCUCUUCACACCUCUAAGCCAUUUCAAUCUUACAGUUAAGUGAAGGGGUGAUGGAAAAACAGCAGUUGCAUCAGCUCGACCUGCAAGUUCAUCUGCAUGUGCACAAAGUUCUUCAUAAUAUAUAGAUCGAUAUAUCAUUCUCUAGACACAACCUUUCAGCAAAGCUCUGUGCUGGAUCAAAUUAUAGCAUAUGAUUAACUGAGGGAUGUCUCAUGGUAACCAGUAAGUCCGAUAUCAUGUAACUCGUAUGUGAAUUUCCUGCUGUAUUUUGGGGUUACCUGAAGGCCGGUCUCCACAGAGUGAUUGCGGUCGAUCAGCUAUGUUGCAAGUAAACUUUGUCAUAUGUGUCAUAAUUGAAUGAAAGCUAGUUGAUUUGAUCUGUCAAAACUUGUUCGUUUUCUCUGUUGUAUAUACAAAUGCUUGGGGAUGAAUAUGUGGAUUGCCAACUAUCUAUGCGCUUAACUGGUUCUAUAAUACAUAGGAGAAAGAUCACUUCUUA